UUAUCAACACUAUACGGUGAGAGCGCAGCGCAAGCGGUCCAGUCCAGUUUUAUUUUCAGUCAUCGCUUCGUUUCGUAUCAUUUCAGAAGAUAUGAUUGCAAUCUCAAACUUGAAAGGUGUUAAGGCCUACGUUUGAACAGCUUUUCGAUGAACUUGAGUGAAUGUUAAGUGUAAAAUGACGUUACUUCUCUACUCAGAAUAAUUUUCUGAUGUGUGUGUGCAAAUUGUUCAGAAAUGUUGGGAUUAUUCAAGGAUAAAUUGUUAUCUUCUGGACAGCUGAAACGGCUAGGUGAACACAAGUAUAGUUACGAAAGUGUCAGUUUAUUGGACCCAAUAUUGCAACCAUGGUGGAAUUGGUUAGUGAGCAAAAUUCCAAUUUGGCUUGCUCCAAAUCUAAUAACUGUAACAGGACUAAUUGUAAAUAUUUUGACCACUUUGAUUCUUGUCUGGUACAGUCCUGAUGCGAGAGCUGAAGCGCCAAGAUGGGCAUUUCUGGUUUGUGCAAUUGGACUGUUUGUUUACCAAAGUCUUGACGCAAUAGAUGGUAAACAGGCAAGGCGAACGGGGUCGUCGUCCCCUUUGGGGGAACUGUUCGAUCAUGGCUGUGACUCCAUAUCUACUGUGUUUGUUGCACUAUCCGCAUGCAUAGCUGUGCGACUUGGUUUCAACCCUGUUUGGAUGUUCUUUCAGACAUUCUGUGCAAUCACACUUUUCUACUGUGCUCACUGGCAAACCUAUGUGUCAGGUACAUUACGGUUUGGCAGAAUCGACGUCACAGAAGCUCAGUUUACAAUAAUGGGCAUUCAUCUAGUAUCGUUCAUCUUUGGACCAAAAAUCUGGGAAACACAGGUGCUGUUUGACUUUUUUGAACUGCGCUACACUGUAGGCAUAAUGACAGUAAUUUGUGGAUCGGUCGCUCUGUUCAAUACGCUCACAGUGGUGUUUACUGGUGGGGUGGGCAAGAAUGGGUCAACUGUUGCUAUCGUGGGUCCGUAUGUUGUGACUCUCCGAGACCCGAUUCUUCUCGGUGUAUCUUUGGGAUACUUUGUCGUUUUCUGCACAUUUUGUCAGAAUUUUCUCAGCGGCGGAGCUGGCAAAAAUGGGUCGACUGUUGCUCUGCCCUGGGCCAAUGUUGAGCUGAAGCUAAUGCCCGUAUUUGUCGGUAGCCUAGUUGCCGUAUACCUCUUGCAGGCCCACUUCUCAGUCAUAUUCACCGGAGGGGUGGGCAAGAACGGUUCAUCUGUAGCUGGAACGAGUGUACUGUCACCAGUGAUCCCUCUCACUCUCGCCGUGUUACCUGCUUGUAUAAUAUUCAUGAAGAGCGAACAAAACGUUUAUGAAAAUAAUCCGGCUGUUUAUAUAAUGGCUUUUGGACUGGUAGCUGCUAAAGUAACAAACAGACUUGUGGUAAGUUGAUAAUUAACUAUUUCCAAUCUGUUU